AUGUCCCCCAAGGCGCCGACGAAUCAACGAAAAAAGAGCAGUGGGUUCACGGAAGCCGAUCGGCGGCUGGCUCGAGCUCAACAGCUUAUGGAUGCUGACCUCGAACAGCACACCGGUCCCUGUAUCGGAGGAAGUUGCCACCCUCAUCGAACAUCGCUAGCACCAACGUUCAGGCUUCUAUUCGAGGAAAGCGCGAGGAGAAACGUCGUGAAAGUGGCGAUAGCGAGAAAAGUGAACAUGCUCGUCAAAAACCCCAGCCUGUUCCGGUCGCUCCUGUCGGCAACACAAAGAGGUCCACGUCGCGCAAGUAAUUUCGGCGACUCCUCAUCAGCAGUGUCCCCUCCACCAUCCAUGUCACUCACUCACCCCGCACGUCAGCUUCACCAGCUUCGUACAACAUACCCACAUCAAGGUGAAUUACGAGAAAUGAGUGCCGAGUUUGCCGCCCGUACUCGGCGUCGCAGCGAAAGUGAACAAAGUGUCGCGAGUGAGCUAAGUGCUGCUCCUGAUUGGCUUGAUGAUGUGUCAGGCGCCAGAGACGCGGUACUUUCAGACGAUGUGGAUGACGACUUUUCGGCCAUGGCAGCGGCAAGCGAAUUCAUGAUGAGUGCGAGUGGUGAAGAUGGUGGUAGUAGCAGAGCUCAAACACCACAACCAGCUGUACGUCAUCCAUCCAAUGCUCAGCUACAACAACCACAACAACAAAAGAGACGAGGUCGUCGAGACAAACGGCGUCGAGGUGGAAGGAACAGUGGAAACGAUGGCGCGAGCAGUAGCGACAAGUCGCAACGUAGUGCGAUUGGCGCCGAGCGUAUUCCAAAGAAAACCCUGGCUGCACAGUUGAACGAGGAACGACGUCGUCGAGAAGAUGAGUACUUGAGGAGCAACAACGCAGGUAAUGAAAAUGUGGCUAAGGAUUUUCUGAAAGCUUCGAAGGCGUGA